AUGCGUUCGGUGGCACUUUCUCUUCUUGUGCUCCUCGGAGCCGCUCAGGCAUCCAUCCUUCUUCCAUAUCAUAUGCCAGAUGAGCUCAUCCAAUUGAUGGCAUUCCGUGAGCAACCACAAAAUGCAGCAAUCUCUGUUUGUAAUGAUAUUCAAUUCAACUAUUGUCAGACCCAUUUCAAUCAGUUCUUCGGAAUGGACGAUUCCAUCUCGUGGCGUAAUGGUUCCUACAUUUUCAACACUGUUCAAAACUAUUUGAUGAUGAAUGUCACCGAGUUGGUGAAGGUUUGCAACACCCGUACUCAAUUCUACCAGUGCCUCGGAUCUUCCUACUAUCCAUGCAUGAAUCUCUACACUCUUCUCAACAAACCACAACCUGAUUUCUCCAAUACCUUUGACUAUGUGAGAACUUUCCGUGGACUCGAGUGGAUGUGUGUCGGUGGAUUCAGCGAAGUCGUUGCUCAAUGGUCAUGCCUCGCAACAUUCCCGACUACGAAGGCCUACCAAAACUGCAUUGGAAACUUUAAUCAGACUGUUUCGGCCGCCAACUUCUGCCCAGCCGUCGCUCAAACCGGAGUGUGUCUCAAUGACGCUUACAAUGCCGCUUGUGGACCAGCCGGAGCCGGAUAUUUCGGAUGCGAGAACUUCCGUAUCACUUUCGACAACUCUUGCUGGGGACUCAGAUGCAUGGUCGACUCCCAAUAA